CACUUGGUGGCCCUGUUUGCAGUCUGGAGGAUAUAGCCCCCUUUUCCCAGCAACAUCUGAACAUGGUCGGUCUUGUACGCCAUAUCAACAGUUCCUGGGAUCACGAGCAUAGAUUCCACCGGCACAUCACGGAAUCAAUGUAUUGCGUACAGUGCCAACAACAGUUCCCAUCCGCCAAGGAGCUUGCCUUGCAUGAAUAUAGGCUUCACGGUGAACCUCUCACUUCGAGAAUAGAUGCAUUUAGUAAACUUGGCAAAGGGGUUCCAUUCACUCAAACUAGAAGGAUUGAGCAGGGUGAAACAUCCCUCCCCCCAGACAGCAGUUCAACCACGGCAAAUGUGUCUCUUGUUACAGCUCAUUUUCCCAGUAUGCAGUUGUCUAGCACUCAACCAAGGAAAAGACAGAAACAUAGUGGCAAUGGCGAUGAGAAGAGUCAUAAAGAGCACCAGAGCCCAUCUUCACCACAUAACAACAAAGAUAGAAAUUUACUUGGCACAAGUGGUCACAUAACUACAUCAGCGAGCACAGGCUCAGAUAUGCGCGGAUGUUUCUGCCAGCCAUAGUGAUAUCAAUCAUGUAUCUGACCUAUCAUCCUUUCACAGUCAUCAACAGUACCCUUUAUCAAUGCCGGACUAUGCAAACAAAGGAUAUAUUGACUUUAGCCUCAGCAAGUUGACUACCUUCAAUGAUCCCAAUUUCAAUCUCUUUUUUC